UCUAUGUUAUAUUGCGGUGGGAAUUAGAAACUGACGCAGUCAUGUGGGAAGCAAACAUGAGGAUCCUAUAGAUUUGAGAGCUCAUCCCCUCUCUUUUAAAACAAGCCUCAGAGCAUACAGCAAAGCUGAGAGUUGAAAACAAAGAAGAAAAAAAAAAGAGGAGAGGUGAUCACAUAACAAAAAAAAAAAAAAUGGUUUCUAGGGAGCACAAGAGGGCAGGAGUAAUGCAUGAGAAGCUGCAACUUCUUCGUUCCAUUACUAACUCUCAUGCCCUGAACAAAACAUCAAUCAUAAUAGAUGCAUCAAAGUACAUUGAAGAGCUAAAACAGAAAGUAGAAAGACUGAAUCAUGAUAUAACAGCAGCUGCACAAACUUCAAAUGAUCAAAAUCCAUUGCCUAUGGUUACAGUAGAAACCCUAGAGAAGGGUUUUCUGAUAAAUGUAUUUUCAGAAAAAAGCUGCCCUGGUCUACUUGUUUCUGUGUUGGAAGCCUUUGAAGAACUGGGUCUUAAUGUUCAGGAAGCUAGGGUUUCUUGCACUGAGAGUUUUCGAUUACAAGCAGUUGGAGGAGAAAAUGAAGAACAAAGUGAAUCUAUUGAUGCACAAGUGGUGAAACAAGCAGUGUUACAAGCUAUUAGGAAUUGGAGUGAAAGUACUGAUCCACAAGACUAAAUGGAUUUUUAUUGUUAUCCAUUAACUUUCUUGCACGCCAUUUUCUUUUCUAGUGUAGGUUAUUGGCAAUGUUGUUUAAUCAGUUAUUAAUCCCAAAUUUAAUGUUACAAAGUAGA